AUACCUCCAUCACUAUUACAACUACUACGUUUUCUACUCUUGUCCUGAUAUUCCAAUGGAUCUGUUACCAUGUUUCCUCCUGGUAAGCCUUGUACUCUCCUCCUCCCACCUUGUUUCUGCAAAUUUUUAUAACGACUUUGACAUCACAUGGGGAAAUGAUCGUGCUAAGAUACUCGACAAUGGCCAACGCUUGCAGCUCACUCUCGAUCAGUCCUCAGGCUCAGGUUUCCAAUCUAAGAAUGAAUAUCUCUUUGGAAAAAUCGAUAUGCAAAUCAAGUUGGUGGCUGGUAACUCGGCCGGCACUGUCACUGCUUACUAUCUGUCCUCACAAGGGGAUAAACACGACGAAAUAGACUUCGAUUUCCUGGGAAAUCUAUCUAGAGAUCCCUAUGUUAUGCACACCAAUGUUUUCUCACAAGGCAAAGGCAACCGUGAGCAGCAAUUCUACCUCUGGUUCGACCCCACGGCAGACUUCCACACUUACUCCCUGCUCUGGAAUCCCCAACAAAUUAUGUUUUCUGUGGAUGGAACUCCGGUGAGAGUGUUCAAGAACAGCGAGGAUUUGGGCGUUGCAUAUCCGAAGAAUCAAGCGAUGAGAAUAUAUUCAAGCCUGUGGAACGCAGAUGAUUGGGCAACCAGAGGCGGUGCAGUGAAGAUCGACUGGACCAAAUCCCCUUUUGUUGCCUCCUAUGGAAAUUUCAAAGCAGAGUCAUGCUCCGCCUCUUCUGAUUGCUCUGUGAAUUCAUGGUACGCUGCAGAGGCGUUGGAGGCGAGCGAGCAGGAGAAACUUGAAUGGGUGCGGAAGAACUACAUGAUUUAUGAUUACUGUUCGGACAGUAAAAGGUUUCCACAGGGCUUUCCUGCUGAAGGCACUCGCCAGGCAUCCAACUGAUUUCAAAGAAGCAACCUACAUAAAUUCUUUUAUUCCUCCAUUUUUUGUACCGAUUUACAAGCCCAAGAGGCUAUACUUUAAACGAUUGCGAUCCCACCCAAUUAAUUAUAUAUUUUAGAAAGACAUUACAUCCAACUGUUAGCAUUUAAGGAGCUUCAAUUUCUUCCGACUGAGGACCGCCUCCUGUGAAAUUCUCUAAUACCAAAAUUAAUACAUAAUAAUUCAAUAAUCAAACUAGCAAAAUUAAAUGGGAUGCAAAAAUUAUGCUAGACAAGACCAAUCUCUUAAUACACACAAUUUGCUUCAAUAUAACUAGCGGUUGCACCUGGGUAAGGUGCAAUGUGUACGGCCGAUAGGAGUUUAUAUCAAGUCUAUGUUGUUAAGAUAGAUCUCUCCUAACUAGGGUAUUGAUGGAUUUGGAAGUCAACGCUAAUUCCAAUACCUUACCUUCUGCCAUACUUUGUAAAGAAUCCUCAAAGUCAAAGUUUUUGUA